AUGCUGAGAACUUGUAGGAGUUUCAUUUUAACCGCAAACAUACGAUCAACAACGUUAGUGCGUUGUACCAGUCGCUAUGUAUCGACAAAUUUCGCGGCUACGGUCGAAAAAGUUGAACAACCGAAGCCGAACCGAUCAUUUGUGAUAAACCUGUUCAGUGGAAAGCUGCAAACGGCCGAACUGUUCCCCUAUCCGGAGGCGCUGAACGAGGAACAACGCGAGUACGGGCAAGCUUUUAUCGAUCCAACGGAAAAAUUCUACCAGGAAGUGAAUGAUGCAGUCAGAAAUGACGCCACUGGAACUGUGGAACCGGCUGUGGUGGAUGCUUUAUGGGACAACGGAAUCCUGGGCCCUUUCGUUCCAACGGAAUACGGUGGUCUGGGGCUUGCGAACUCGCAGUCUGUGAGAAUUUCAGAAAUUACCGGCAGCUAUGACCUGGGCAUGUCGAUCUUUACCGGUGCUCAUCAAACGAUCGGAACAAAGGGCAUCGUGCUGUACGGCACGGAGCAGCAGAAGCAAAAGUAUCUUCCCCAGCUGAGCUCCGGUAGGGUGUUUGGAGCGUUCGCUCUCACCGAACCUGGCACCGGGUCCGAUGCGGCGUCGGUCAAAACGAAAGCCGUUCUCAGCCCGUGCGGUAAAUACUACCUCCUGAACGGGUCAAAGCUGUGGAUAUCGGGCGGCUGCACUGCAAACAUCUUUACCACCUUUGCGCAGACAGAGUUGGUGGACCCGCAGACGGGCGAAAAGACAACCAAAAUGACCGCGUUCAUCGUGGAGCGAGCGUUCGACGGGGUCAGCAACGGGCCACCGGAGGAGAAAAUGGGAAUCAAGUGUUCGAACACGGCCGAGGUAUUUUUCGAUGACGUAAAGGUGCCGGUGGAGAAUGUGCUCGGUGAGGUGGGCCAGGGUUUCAAGAUUGCGGUGAAUAUCCUAAAUUCCGGUCGCUACGGAUUGGGUGCCAUGUUGGCGGGGUCGAUGAAGACCUGCAUUGAGACGGCGGCCAACCACGUAAACAACCGUGUGCAGUUUAAACGCAAGUUGAUCGAGUUCGAAAACGUGCAGGAAAAGAUCGCCCUAAUGGCCACACAGCAUUAUGUGGCGCAAAGCAUCACGUACAUGGUGGCGGCCAAUAUGGAUAAAGGAUCGGUUGACUUCCAUCUAGAGGCAGCGGUGAGUAAGGUUUUCUGCACCGAGGCGGCCUGGAACGUGUGCGACGAUGCCAUUCAGCUGUUGGGUGGCAAUGGAUUCAUGAAAGCCAGCGGUCUGGAACGGUUCAUGCGAGACAUGAGAAUUUUCCGCAUCUUCGAAGGGGCCAACGAUGUCCUGCGUAUGUUUAUCGCUUUGACCGGCAUUCAGGCGACCGGGAAAGGACUUCGUGAGCUGCAAAAGGCAAUGAAAAACCCACUCGGAAGCAUAGGGGUACUCCUGGCGGAAGGGUCGAAGCGGGCCGGUCGGAGAGUUGGUGUUGGUGGCGUCAACUUGACGCCAUUCGUUGCGAGUGAAUUGCAGACUGCAGCCAAGCAGUGUGGUGAGUGCAUGGACUUGUUUAGCCAAACCGUCGAAUCUCUACUGGUGAAGCACGGCAAAGGUAUCAUCGAGCGCCAGUUCCAACUGGCCCGGAUCGCCGAUAGUAUGAUCGAUAUCUACACGAUGGCGGUGGUGCUGUCACGUGCUACUCGUGCCGUUCAGAAAGGCCUUCCUUCGGCGGCCCAAGAAGUGCUGAUGACGCAAAUCUGGUGCCAGGAGGCAAGCGGCCGUGUGCGGGGCAACAUCAGCCGGAUUCACUCGCCCUCGGUUCAGCUAAACUACCAACGGAUGACACUGGUGGCCAGGAAUGUUUCGGAACGCAGCGGGCUAGGUUACACUAAUCCGCUGGAGAUUGAUUAAACAUUUCCUUUUCGGCGUACGCACUGAU